AUGGCGAGCCUUCCCAACGUCAAGGCUGAUAAGUUGGAGAAGAAGUUCAUUGAUAAUGUAAAUGAUAUGUUCACUUAUCUGUGUACAUUACCAAUACCAAAACCAUUGUCUGCAAAGUUACAAGCUGGAUCAUCGUCGUCAUCGUCAUCCUCGUCAUCAUCAUCAAGUAAUAAUAAUAAUACAGGUAGUAAUAGUGGUGGAAGUUAUAAAGAAUCAUCAAUGCCAUCAUUAUCAUCACUAUCAUCACUACCAUUGCCAUCACUACCUUCACUACCAUCAUUGCCAAAGAAGUCUACAUCUGCUGGCAAGUUUGACACACUCACAAACAACAAGUUCAGGAAUGCCAAAGACAUGAAUCAAACCUACAGCUCAGUAUUCUUCCUCUUUCAAGACCAACUAUCACCAUGCCUCAAUGCAAUACAUCAUAUGAGGACAGUGAAACAGAUGUCGAUGGCUAGUAUAUUCAAAGAGAGAAUUAUAAAGACAAAGACAUCGUUGAGCGAGGAGAAUAUACAACAUUGCUUGUCAUUGUUGCAUCUGUAUCUUAGGACGAUCGAGUUGUUGGGCGUCGACGAGCAGCGCAACUUUAUGAAUGCAGCACGCCAGCUGAUCGACCACCUGACCACCUAUGUCGUCGACUGCGACAGUUGCGUCGUCGGCCUGAUACCCAGCGACGACCUCCUGAACAAGCUGUCUCGCGACUACGAGUUCCUCAACUUGACUGGCGCCUGCAAGAACAACUCGCUGGGCGAGACCAACAUCGAGGAGCACCAGUCCUACUUCCAAACAAGCAUCUCGACCAACCGCGAGCAACUCCUCGUCAACAUCAUCAACUGGAGCUCACUAACGGACAACGAUCAGUUGGCCAAGGCCGUGCGUCGCUACGCGUCCAUCUUGCGCGGCGUCGACAAAGUCAAGCGUGGCGACAUCAUCAUAGUCCGCUUCCCCGAGGGUCUUCGUCGGCCCGCCGCCAACUCACUCAUUGGCAGCGGUAACAUCAAGGGCGGCAACAUGCAGGGUGGCAAUGGCAACAGUGUUGGGUCAACAUCAUCAUCAAACUCAUCUUCAUCAGCCCAGCAGCAACAGCAACAGCAACAGCAGCAGCAACAAUCGCAUUCAUGUAACAGUAUCACAAUCCAGGAAUACUUGGCUCGCAAGCCAUUCCAACCACGCGCGUUGUUUGUCAGGUUCACUGGCGAGCGCACGCCAAACACAAUGAACGUUUGGUUCGCCGCCGACGAGAUCGAGCAGCUGGUCGUGGGCAUCGAGGACAUCCUGCUGCUGAACAAACACACGCUCGAGUCGCUCAAGGACUACAACAUGUUUGAGCGACUGGUCUACCACCCCACCGACCGCUUCUUUGCCCAGACGCUCGAGGACAGCAAGCAGCUGAUCGUCAACCACCUGUCGUCGCUGGGCAUCGACAUGUCGCUGUUCCAGGACAGCCAGCGCAUCACGCUUCUCGACCUGGCCAAGGUCAAGGCCACCAAGGACAUCCUUGCGCGCAUCUGCGACGAGCCUAACCACCCCAUCUACCGCGAGAUCGAGACGGUGAUGACUGAGAAGAUCGACAACUACCUCGGCCAGAUCGACACGCGUCUCUUCUUCAUGCCAAAGUAUGAGCGGUCUAUGUCCGACCUGAACGGCAACAAUCAAAUAGCGAUCGCACGCAGCAAGAUCAAGCAGUUCCUGGGCGAGAGCGACCUCAUGCUGGAUCAGCUGCGGCUAGAGUCGCGCAACAUUCUGAACGGCGCCACCAAGGACGAGAUGACAGAUUGGUGGCACAAGAAGAUCGACGCCUGCACACAUGCAUUCCUCGAGGAGCGCGGCUACAACUUUACCGCCGUGCCCGAGAACUACAUCGAGCAGCCGCCCGCCAACAUGAAGGACGUCGUCAACAACCUGAUCCUGAUCCAAAAGAUCCUCGACCCCAAGGAGCACGUCAUUGAGAUCAUCACAAUCGAAGACGGCGCGCCUUCAUCCCCCAACACAAGCUGCACAGACAUCUCGAUGGCGCUCUCGCCCGACACCAACACAUUCAACAGCAGCGUAGGCAGCAUCAGUAGCAGCGCGAGCAGUAGCAUUAGCAGCAGCCGCGACGAUUACUACUCGUCCAACACGAUGUUUGAUGGCAACAACCGACCACAGCUGUCCCAGUCCAACAAGUUCCUCAACUCACCGCGGCCCAUCAUCAAUGAGCUGCGCGAGCUGAUCUACCCUGUGAUCGAUGACUUUAUCGCACGCUCACACGUCGUUCUGAGCGAGCACCUAAAGGUGCCGCUCGACGAGUUCACAACAGAGCGCGCCUGGGCCGCUUGGGAGCAGAUGCGCGAAGCAGGCAGCGAGCCACAGAUUGUACAUUGGACCGAGGAUCUUCUCAAGGACCUCAAGUACCUCGCCGAGAUGGCGCGGUUGGAGGGCUCGACCAACGAGGUCGAGAUGCAUAUUGUGCCCGUGAGUGGCCUGGUCGUCAACACAUUCGCCAGGAUUGAGAAUGAGCUCAAGACCGUUGUGGAGAAUUGGGACAACCCGGCCGACACCGAGGACUACUCCGAGGUCAUUGACAAGUCGCUCUCAGACACACAGAACUUCAAGGUCACCCAAAAGAAGGUCAGCAAAGUGCAGGACGAUGGCAAGUCCAGGCUGCACCAAGCAGUCUCCUCGGAUGAUCUCGCUGCCGUCGAGAAGAUAUUACAAACUGAAUCACACAUGAUCAACAUGUUGGACGAGAAUGGAUGGGCUCCGCUUCAUUGCGCCGCACAUUCAGGCAACACUGAGAUAUGUAAGGCAUUGUUAUCGGUGACAGGUGUGGAUGUGACCGUGAAGAAUAAGGAUGAAGCAUCGAUACUACAUUACUUGGUGCGACACCCACUGACAGAGAAGAGGAAGGAGGUCAUCCAGAUGAUGCUUGACAAGGGUUUGGACAUCAACAUUGGCAAUCGCCACAAUGAGACACCAUUGCACUCGGCUGCAUUCAGAGGCGUCGACGAGGAGGAGAUGAUCAAGUUCCUGAUCGACAAGGGCGCCAAUGUGAACGCAUUGUCCAAGCGUGGCGAAACACCGCUCCACUACGCGGUCACAGCAUGUCGGCCAUGCGUCGUCUCCACGCUGCUUCACAAGAAUGCCAACAUCAAUAUCAUCUCCAAGCGUGGCACUGCGCUGGACAUUGCGCUCAACUCCAAGGUCACCAAGAUCAUCUCGAUCCUGGAGAAUGGACCCGAGACGCGUACGUUCUACUGGCGCCAACAGAACAAGGAGCAACUGCAACAACAACAGCAUCUCAAGCAAUUACCUGUAGAUAGUCAACAACAACCACAACAGCUGCAGCAGCCACACAACCCCAACCUCCUGCCUCUGAAGACACCUCUAAAACGGUUGUCCCGUAUUGAGAUUGGAUCAAAGAGGACUUAA